AUGAACGAAAACUCAUCCUCCGCUACUCAAAGUCUUCCCCCGCAAGCUCUUCCGACUUUGCCAAACGAUGAAUUGGAAAAUAUUGCAUCAACGAUCCUCUACUGCUUUCUGUCGUUAUUUGUAAUACUUGGAAACGUCCUUGUCGUCGCAGCGUUUAGGUUUAAUAGAAGGCUUCGCACUAUUAACAAUACCUUCCUAGUUGGCUUGGCCGUGUCAGACCUCUUGGUCGGGCUAAUAUCGAUUCCGUUGUGGAUCUACAUUUCGUCUUGCCAACAAUUAAUAACAUGCGUGAUAGAUCAAGACCUUCUGACAUUUUAUUCAACAGUGGACAUUUUCACUGGCUGUGCCUCAGUGCUGCAGCUUACAGCCAUCAGUAUUGAACGCUAUUUGGCGAUAACUCGCCCGAUAAACCAUCGAGCGUACUCCAUGUGGAUUUACUAUGGAAUGAUUAUGACCGCCUGGAGCUUCGCUUUCAUUAUGGCAGGACUGUUUCCCGUUCAGAUGAACAAGUGGCAAAAACCUUAUAGUAUUAUCCUCUUCAUAGGGUGCUUCGCCGUCCCAGCUCUUGUCAUAGUGACUGUGUAUGCCAUCAUUUUCCAGGCGGCUAAGGGGACCACCCGAGCAAGGGUUCAUCCCGCAGGACACGGAGGAAACAGCGCACAAAGUGAAGCCAAAAUUGCUGCCACCAUUGCGGUUAUCACCGGACUUUUUAUAAUCGCGUGGUUGCCAUUUUGCAUUGUGAACCUGUUUGCAGAGUUCUGGCAUCAUUUACUGCCACCUUUUCCUGAAAUUCUGAGGCUAAUUCGGUUCGUGAAGUGGAUGCAUUACUCCAACAGUAUGGUAAAUCCUAUGGUGUAUGCUUACCGCAAUGGUGAGAUGAGGAAAACCUUUAAGAGAUUGUUGCUGACUUGUUUUAGCUGUCGUGGCGUCGGACACAGAACUAUUCGGGCUCAUGCCUCUGUCAGAGCCCAUAGCAGAAGGAACAAUGAUCCAUCUCCAUCACGAAGAAGAACGAGAAAUAAUCGUAGCAACGACACGAACUCUUCCAAGCGAAGAAUUACCCCUGGAAGGAGAUUAUCGCUUGAAAACAGAAGGGUCGAUAGUUCGAACCCCAGUGAUAGCUCGUUUCGGAAUCGUCCUUGUUUGGUUCCUAUCCAGAACAAAGUAGAGCGCUCACUAUCACCUUUGACGCCAAAUACUUCCGUCUAAGCUGUAAUGGGUGACUGACAUGAUACUUCCUUUCAGAAUUACACUGCAUCAUAUCAUAAACAUGUGAGAAGAAUCAGCUUAAGGUUGUCAUCUUCAUAUUUCAUCAAAUUCUCCAAACCAACUCUCGAGGAAAUAUAUGAAACCCAGAGAGGAAAUAUUAUGGCUCAGGUCCUUGGAGUCAUAGGACGAUGUGUCAUGAUAGCCUUCACGAUAGAGCGCUUUCGAUUGAGUGUCGUAAAACCAAGACAAAGGUAGUCGAAAUGCGGCCAAUCAGAUCAGAUAAGAAAAUCACAAGGAGCCGAUGAGAGCUCAUAGAGAAACAAGCAAACUUCCCGAAGUGCGGUAAAACGCGAAUGAUCAAGACGCGAUUGGUCCUAGUUUUGAAUUUGAUUGAUUGAGAGAAUGGCGCAAGUUUUCUUGGCCAAUCACAGAUCAAAGUGAAACGAAAUCAAGGAAAUUUUCGAUUAAUUUUCACUCUCAAUGGAAAACGCUCCCUCAAAUGCAUAGAAUGUAUCUUCAAAUCGUAGGGGUAAAAGGUGUAAAUGGCUGGAAAGAAGUAGAUAAGAAGUGUGUGAAAUGAAAAUUAUUUUUAACAUCAAAACUGUUCAAUUGUGACCUUUUCUUCAUUCAAAAAAAAUUUCGUGCCUCAAUGGACAAUUGGUGUUGCUCAUGGAUCUCGAGCAUGCUGGUAACACAAAGUCUAACUUAAACCUCGAGUUAAGAUUUAGAAACAGAAAUUGAAACAUUCAUAGGAACCUGUAAAAGACAACAAAAGUUAGGAAAAGGAAAUCUCGAGACUUUCGAACACAACAGCCUGACAGGUUGUAAGCUCUUUUGCAAACGCGUAGACGUUUGAACGUCAUCGUAAAGUGGGUCUGCUCUAGGCUGGAAUAUCUUUCAAAAAUCCACCCAUGAAUACAAUUAAAAUAUAUCUGAGUGACAAAGCAUGCUUAUCCACGAACUACUCGGUAGAAAGCUACUGGUAUCCAUUGUUUUUUUUGUCCACGAAUCUAUGCAUUCUCAAAUGAGAAAAACACUGUGAAGAGAAGUGAACAAGAAAACCGGCAGAAAACGAAUUGGGGGUUUUGUUGUGGGGCUUAUAAAAAUGGACACCAAGUACAUUUUUGCAGACUAUUUCUUGAACAAGCAUGGUACACCAUUUAUUUAUGCAAAUCAAAAAUAUUUAUGAAAAAGGAUAUCAGUUAUCAUACGCUUUAGCUAAAAUAAAAUUGCUCAAUAUCUGUCUGAUAUCUAUUUUUAGGAGUUAGUAAACUGAUUGGUGAGUCGGGUGUUCCGCGGCACAGAUUUCAGAUUUCUUUGGAGAAGGAUUUAGAGACUAUUUAGGUCUUAUAUGUACAUAAAUACAUAUAAUAUUUAGGAUGUAGAAUUGCUACAUCUAUAUUAACAAAGAUAAUUUGGUUUAAUCAACUAAGUUGAUAAUGUUAAUUGAACACCGUUAGUAUUUUCUGAAGCUUAGGUUUCGAGCGUUAGCCCUUCGAUAAAAAAAAUUUUCUUGUUAUAAUCCCCACCGAAAAAGCAUCAUAGUUUCUUUUAAGCACGUGAUAAGUCUAUUACCAAAAAAAGAAUAGAACAUAGGCGCGCGUAGAUAUGAAAUUUAUCUUCGAAGCGAUCGACUCGAUAUCUAACGAGUGAACGCAACUCACCAUAAGCUUUUAAUAACAAUAAAAGUAGACUUAUAGAAUUAUGACAGUGACUUGAGAGGUAAUUGACAUAUCAGCAGCUGAUUGGUAAUAUCAAACACACGUAAAAAAUUAUGGUCAUUUUGCUCGAAUGAAAUUAACGCAUUCGCCAGGGCUGAAAAUCCUUUUAAAACCUUGUAGUUUAUAUAAUUAAUACACUUUAGGCAACCUUUUGAGUAACUUGAAGAGUUCAAACAUAUCGGUGUCAUUAUAUGAAAGGUUCUCUCGUAGGACAGUAAUAAUAUGACUGUGGAUAAAGCGGACAAAGUAUAGGGUGUAAUCGAGCACUCUGUAAGCCAAUUCAAACGGUUUGAAUUCAGGAUUUAGUUAUCUUUUGAUAUUUGCCUACUUGGUUUUUCUAUUUUCAAGGGGAGUUUUUACAAAGGAUAUACCUUGUAACUCCCCUUUCAAGAAAAAUAGUAAUUUCAAUCCUUAUUUGUGUAGGUGUCCGGAGAGUCUUAAUAAGGUAAACCGAUGAUUAGCCGUUAGGCGUAAACAUUGGCAAAUUUUAACUGUUAAUCGCGACAAAAGUUAGCCCUAAAAAUGUUUCCUAGAACGUGUAAUUUUGGCUCAUUUUGCGUUGCUACCCGGUAUCCAAGCACGUGACUUCUAGCUGCAAAGGGCUUAUUGAAUCAAAUCUACCAUCACAACCUUAGAAGGAAAUCCUCUGAAAAAACCAAGAUCAGUACGGUUCGCUCUAUGGGUACCUAUGUAAAUGGUUAGUCUCUAAAUAUAGUUUAGCACUAGAAUAGUGGAUUUUUCUACAAAUGUUUACUUUGUACGCUUUAGAUUUUCAAAUUGCAAAAUGGGAAAUGUAUUUUUAUCCUAUGAACGAAUAAAGACAUAUUAUUAUUAUUAUAAUAUUGUCAGCCGUAAAAUAACCAAAAGAUUAACCGUCAGCCGCGAAAGCUAUCAUCUAUUUCGAUCCUUUAUUUAGGAUGCAAAAUUGCUACAUCCAUAUAAUAUUAUAAACAAGAUUUGAAAUGAAAAUUCUUCUUGCAAAAGGGAGUUACGAGGUCUCAUCUUUUGUAAAAACUUCCUUGAUACGUUAUGGAUAAACUAACUGAUAGAAUGCUUGAUUCCACCUGAAUCGAUUUGAUAUUGAUGUGAUUGUCCUGAGAGAAAUCCUUUCAGGUCGUGACACAGAUAUCUUUGAAUUGUUCACGUUUUUCAAAGGGUCACCAGAAGUGCAUUUGAUAACUGACUCAUGAUCAUGUGAGUGAAUGAUGUGCAUAGCCUCGUACUUCGUGAAAACAUGGCUGCCACCUUGUAGUUCACUCCAGAUGCUUGGCGAGGUCAGUUUAAAGAAGAUGAUCUAUAAUUAAGUGGGUAGCGAAGGGGGGGGGGUCUCACCCCGUUUCACUCACAACUUUCAGAAAAAUUUACGCUUUACUUAUAUAAAAGGGAAAACUUCAAAUCUCUCUUCAUGUGCACAAGGCUUCAUAAAAAGUUUGAAGUUUUCACAAACUAAAGCAUAAAAAAAUCAAAGGGUCACGUCUAUUUCAGGUGGCAAAUCAUGCCUCACGCUGGUUCAUAAAUUCAAGAACCACGCUCGCUUUUCUGUAAAGUUAUGCGUCACAUAUCAGUUUUGGCCUUAAUCACGCAUCACUGACAAACCCUUUUUCACCCUUCUAUACACCUUUUACUGUUCAUUAUGAGAAAAUACGCAUUCAUUUGCACGAAAAGGCGAACAAUUGGGUGAAGUUGUAUUCAUUAGCGACAAAAAACGAUCAUUUGCGCGCAAAUUAGAUUCAAUAACGAUUUUGCACUUUAAUCAGCAUUCAAUAGUAUUCUUAUGCGUCAUUCGUCAUACGAAAGAGAAAAAUAUACUUUUAUUUGCGCUAACCUUUAAGUCAUUAACACCAUCAGGAAAGGCAAUAGAGACAAUUGCGAGACAUAAAUAUUAAAAUGCAUAAACUAUUCAUUAACAUCUUUAUCCCACCGUUUGCAAUUCAAUAUCCUUCCUACACGACGUUAGUAUGAUUAGGACAAUCAUUAAUGGCUUGCACAAGCUAAUGAGCGUUUUUUUACUUUCAAUAUUCAAAUAUCGAAUUCUAAUUGAAGAAUACUCAUUCCAAUUUUAUUUUAUUCUUAAUUUUAGUUGAAAUAAUCUCUUUAUUCAAACAUCUUGGCAGAUAGGUCUGCAUAAAGGGGUACCAUUGUGCACUUUAAGCUUGAUGUAUAUCUCCCGUUGAUGAUUUCCUCCUGGCAAUCUCUCAUCUUAUCAUCUACGCGCACGUUGUUUCUACCACCUCGUGGUCUUUCUUGGAUCUUGCCCUCUCUAAUGUAGCGCGCCACGAUGCCUCUUGCCGUUGAUCGGUUUAUUCCGAGCGUGUCUGCGACCACAAGAUAGUCUUCCUCCAGGUCCUCGAAUCCUCUUACGAUUCUCUCUCUAUGUUCGAGUGGUAUUCGGUUUCUUCGUGGCAUUUUUCUGGCGGCUUGAAGAUGUUCACGAAACGAAUGAACUGAAAGACAUUCACUGAAAAUGUAAAUUUCAGGCAAAAAAGGUGCUCAGUUGAAAUUCGAUACUUGCAUAUUGAAUGCCAAAAACACUCUGUUGUUUGAACAAGUGCUGUAAUGAUUGUCUUAUUCACAAUAAUGCCAUCCAGGAAUGCUGCUGAAUUGCAAACAGAAUGUUAAAAAUAUAAAUGAGGGAUUUCUGCACUAUAAUGUUUGUGUGUUGUCUCUAUUUGCAUUUAAGAUGGUGUUAAUGACUUGAAGGUUAGUGCAAAGGAAAGUAUAUUUUUCUCUUUUGUGUGACGAAUGACGCGUAAGAAUGCCUAAAAAUGCUCUUGAAUUUUGAUUAAAAGCAAAAAUCUUUAUUAUAUCUAAUUUACGCGCUAAUGAUCGUUUUUAGUCGCUAAUAAAUGCAACUUCACGCAAUUUUUUGCCUUUUCACGCAAACGAAUGCGUAUUUUCUCAUAAGGAACAGCAAAAAGUGUAAGAGAUCACCAUAACGCACAAUGAGUUUAAUUAACGCUUCAGUUGUGCUCUUAAGUUUCAAUAGUCCCAUUCUUACUGACAUUCAUUCCAACUUCUGCUUUUUGUUUAUUGUAACAAUAGUUGUUCAAGAAACAACGUCUUUCAGUUGGCCAUCAGACUCCGGAGAGGUAACAACUCUGUCUAAGCAAGAAGUUUUCAUAAGUUGUCUAUGAUUUUCAUUGCCUUUUCUCUCUUAUUUUCAAAGGAAAUAACCAGUUAUUGCGUCUUAUUAAUUCACAGUUUCUGCCACCGAGUUCGUUUAUUCGAUAGAGGAGGAAUCUUUGGGUAAGAUUGAAAGCAUGUGUUUAAAUUUUUCUCGUUAUCUUUUGUGAUAAAAGUAGAGUAGAGAAAUGUUUUCCACAAAAGUGCAGAGCUCUCCAAUUAAACAAUGGAGUCGUAGUAUUAAGUGAAGAAAUUGUGUCAAUGUCAAGGUAAUAAUUUCUUUGUCUUGGUAUAGUGUGCCCGCUAAUUCGGAUUGUGACCUGAGAAGUUGGCAUUUCUAGCAAAGAAUAUUAAAUUAUUCCUCUCCUUGAAAAAUCGUAAAUUGUACGGAACGCGACAAAAAAAAAGUUUUGUAGCUUUUUCGGCUUUGAAAUAGUUCUUUGAACAGAGAGUAUCGAUACAAAUCAUGGCAAAUUUAUGCGCAAGACGCAUUCGAAUACAGAUAUACCAAUACAGUACGCAAGCUAAGCUACUGUCCCCACCUCAGCUCAAAGUGGACUUACUUUGCUGUUACUUAAAUCAAACUUGCUUUGCAAAAUUUUUCGGCGAAUUUUUUUUCAUAUAGAAUUAUUUUCGCCCUUUCGUGCUUUUUGGCUUGUGUGCUUGUAUUUUAUUGAUUAGUAUUCAAUACUGUUGCUAAUAAGCUGUAAAAAUAAUACUCAAGAAAAGGUACAUUGAAUAGAAAUGUUACUAUCUCAAUUUUACUGUUGGGUUCAGCGCUCAAGUUAUUUGUGCGACAUACAUAUCAAAGUAGGUGUUGUUUUGCCUUGAGGCUAUGUUUUCUUAUUGACAUUUAUGGAUUUAUCAGAGCAAAACGAACAAACAAUAGGGCAGUUCACGAAAUCACGAAAGAAAAGUAUCAUUCACCCCGAAAACAAAAGAGGGAAUAAUUGAUUUAUUCUAUCUUUCCGGAGAAAAUUUAGUUUUAUGCCCCCUUUUUUGUCUUUUUUGAGGGCGUUAAAAUAUCAUAAUGAAAUUAUUUCAAUUGGCUUUGUUGUUGGUGCUGACGUCGUUCUUCACCUUUCUACUUCGUCGUCUCAACUUUUUUUCGUUGAUGUCUCUGUUUUGUUGUUGGUGUGUUUCUUCUUUAUUGCUUUUCUUCUCUCUUUUUUAUCAUUAAGAGGGGAACAAAGCUAAUUUACAUUGAUAAUACAUGGGAAAUAGAAAAUAGAGAAAGGAAAAGGCGAGAAAUUCUCAAAAAGUCUUAAAGGAUUAUGGGUGAGGUUCCCUCUUUAAAUUAGAAUUUAGAAGAACGUAAUUUUACAAGUGUAAAGUACUAAGAAAACUUGAUUACUUGAUAUUAAUCAACUUUCUAUAAAAUUCAAUAGGUAUUUUGCAAAUUAAUUAAAAAGGAUUUAAGUAACCGUAUGAAAGAUCUUAUAUUGUUAUCGAAUGAGGCAGAGUUUCAUAAUUUUGGUCCUUGAUAAUAAAAUUGUGACUUGUUUAAUGUUAGUUCUACAAACUCGGGGACGGUAUAAUUCAGCAUAUCUGGUAGAAUAACUUCGCUCUUCCUUCUUCCUGUUUUUCUAACUCUGCUCCAUGAUCAUCUCUUCUGUUACCGCAAUAAAUUGUCCUUUACUUGCUCGUGAUCAAUUUUUUUAAUAAGCUUUCCCACGGGUCGAUUAAUUCCUAAAUUCAGCAAAAGAAAUUUUGCCAAUGUUAAAGUGAUGCUUACCUCGUCAAUCAAAAACUUACGAAGCUCACUCACAACAAUCAAUCUUGGUUACGAUUCGUUCGUUUCUUUCUCGUAUUUCAGAGAAAAACGAGCUCCGCAAAUUGCGUAUAAAAACGAAAGAAGUAAGAUCCUUCAUUAUUCUAUUUAUGGGGCUUUUCAAGUUUAUCUCAAGUUGACGUUUGACGAAACGCAGUUAUUUCAAGAUCGAUUCUGCAUUUUCACUUUAAUCAGAGCCAGACACAGUCCACCAUGCCAGGUUUAGUUAAGAAUGGCAACUUAAUCGUUUUUUAGUGGAUUGAUCUGAAAUAAACUUCAGCUAGCAAGCCACUUCUUGUAUUCAAUCACGUUUAAGCCUGAAUGUUUCAGUCCAAUUUCUCAGGCUACACCUUUGCUCGUGAAGCAGGUUUUUGAUUUUCUUAACUGCUUUUUUAAAUCGUGUCUUGCCAACUUCUCGAGUAACAUUUUGUCACUUAAAUCUUUGCAUUUCACCAGUUUGGGUUGAAAACUGUUUUUCAAUCCCCAGCAUUAGCACUGUCAAGUUCCUUCCACGCUUAAUAACUUCCUGCGGCUUUUCAUCAUCUUCUCUAACAUAUUCAAGCUAAAAUUCAGUGUAUCAUUGAACGAAAAAUGCACCUCAAAGGGGAAAAGCUCAGAGUUUAAACCAAGUGAAUUCUACUGUUGAAGUCUCUGUCUAUUGUCUUCUUUUGACAUACAUACAAGAGAAUUCAUGGCAUUUGCCUGUGGCAAAGUGUUAUUCGUACGACACUUCAAACAAACAACAAAACAAAUGCAGAAGUCACAACGUGAUAUUGGCUGUUUCGUUCUCGUCUUAAGCUUGGGAGAAAUAGUUUCAUUCUUAACAUACUUGUUAAUCAUUAUAAGGGAAUUUUUUUCUUUUUUGAGCUUUGAACGAUAAAAUUCAUGUUUUUUUUCCGCUGUUCUUGCGACCCUCUUUCAUGUUUUUUUUUUUAAUUUCUAUUGCUGAUGUUUAUCUUCAUCUUACACUUACUUUGUCCGGCCUUUUUUCUUGUAUCUCUUCCUUUUUUUUCCCUUGUUCUCCUUCACAGCUUAUCCUUUUUUAAUAAAUUGUUCUCUAUUUGCUCGUGAUUUUAAACAACUUUUUUACAAUUCUUUCAUCCAUUUAUCUAUUUCUUUGUUGCCACAGAUCCACGAGAACCUAAUUAUCGAUAUGAAGAGGGCAAUUCUUUUGGCGACAUUUAUGCUUGUUUUACAUCAAACAAAAGGUAACACAUUCAUCUCGUCUUUAUUAAUCUUGAUUAAAAAAUUAUGAUAACCAUUUGUUAUUCCCUGUGGGCUUCAUGAAUUGACGACUAUAUCGAAGCAUUUACGAAAUAAAAGAAUUUAAAUCUGCGAUUUCCUCGCCGGUUUAAUUUAGAUUCGUUAACAUUUUAUCAUUAUAAAGUGUCUCUUUUCUCACAGCUAUAACUAAAUGGAAUGUAUUAUUACCCAUCAUAAGUGAUGAGAGUUGGAGUUAAAAAUUGCUUUUCUACUCCCACUCAGGCCAGCCGACGGCCUCAGUGACUUGUAACUCCGACCACACUGUGGAUAUAUUGAUCUCAAAAGUGGAUGAUGCAGGACUUUGGACCGCACCAGAGUGGACUACAAAGACAAACAAGAAAACAUGUCAACCAACAAUAGAUGAUAAUGCUAGAACAGUUACCUAUGACAAACUACACCUCCCUGACUGCGCUUUCGAGUCAAACCAGAAAGCUGAAGGAAUUCAAUACAUCCUCAAAAUAAGCGCUGCAAAGACUGCAGGUGAUUCAAAUACACCGCGGUUACGCGCUUACGACCACCUGUACUACGUCACUUGUAACUACGAUAAUACAGACAGAGCUUCAGGGAGUUUUGUGCCGAUUAAAAACCUAGCGGUUAAUGAAACAGGUAGGCAGCUCUGGUUAAGAUAACAGCAUGUAUAAUCUACUUAAGUAAUCUUAGUUUGAAUUCCUGCAAAGUGGAGAUUCCUGGAAAGCGUCUAUCACACCUUUACCAUCAAACAUAUUGGCCAGCCUUCCUUCAGUGCCAUGCAUGUGUACAAAGUGUAUUCGUAUUUGGUUUUGUGAUAGAGAAAGGUUUAAUUUUCAUCCUUAACGCUACAGGAAUAUUAGAGCACGCCGGUCCAAAAAGACUUGUUUCAAGCAACUAACAUGAAACAAUCUAAAUUCUAAAGUGCGUCUUUUUUUUUCGUCGUAUCAGUAAUUUGUAACUGCUAUUGGAGGGCUUUAGUUCUAAUUUGAGAGCCAUUCUCAUUGAAUAGAUAUCUCGACUACUCGUAAUUCAAUUUGAUAAUUUAGCCUUGCAUUUUUCAGAACGAGCAAAACUCUUAAAUAAUGCAAAAUUAAUGUGUUUGAUAAAGUCUUUUAAAAUUUUUUUUUGUUUUCUUUUUACUUUUCGUUACUCGCUUUUGUGGUCUCUUUUGUCAUUUUUAGAGGACGGAGUUUUCACAUUUACUCUCAACGCGUAUCAAGACGACGCACAUACUACGCCAGUUCCCGACCCUGUUGCUCUGGAUGUAGAGAUUUACUUUAAAGCUGAAGUCAAGACUCAAAGCGCCACACCCAGCCUUGACUUGUACCCUGUGCGAUGCUAUUCAUCAAAAAACAGUGAUCCAUCCUCUAGUGAUGGUAAAUUUACUAUAAUAACCAACGGGUAAGAAUUUCUGUGAUAAAAAUUUGCCCGAUAAACAUGACAAAUAUAUAAUUACGACAACAAUGAUAAUAACGAUCAAUAUUAAUGUUAUAACUUUUAGAUAGAGCAGGACCCACCUCAUCGAAGAGCUCGUCAGUAAGGUCCAGUACCUCGGAAAAAAAAAACGAGGUUAAAAAUGAAAAUCAUUUAGAAUUAUGUGGAUUUGAUUUGGCAUUUAGGCAUACAAAUUUCCAAAUGAAUUACUUUAAAAUUCGAGUUUCAACCGUGAUUUACGAGGUGAUCGCAUCACAACUCAGUUUAUUCCAAUAAUCAAUACUUCUGUGCGUGAACUGUCUGGUAUCAUUAUUACUCCCUGUGGUUCUCAAUCCAAGUGAAAGAUGGCCGCCAGUGUAGACCUCAAAUAGACUGACACUGUCUUAAUUAAAAAGAGUUCUGUCGGAGUUUCUGUGAGACAUCGUCAGACUACUGAUAAAACAUGAGUGAGUAACACUGCUUAUUUCUAAAAGAAAUAAGGCUCACCUUGAAACUCAUUCACAAUUUUUUUCAGUUUCUUGCUAAUAAAAAGUAAGCCUUCCAAAGCCUUAAUUAGAACCUACAAUUGAAGUUUUCGGAGGAAGCUAUUCUUGUAUGCUGUGUGCCUGGUAUCAACUCAGAAAAUAACAUACAGCCGAUGCUAUGGAUUAACAUCGAUCUUUUCCAUUUAAGAUAAAAUUUGUUACCUCAAAUAGUGAGAGGAAUUGUGCUUACAUUACUUAAUUAUACCAUUUUUCAUCAUCUCCUCAUAGCUGUGGCAGCAAUUCUGUCAGCGCAGACCUCAUGGACACGUUAUCAUACUCGUGUGCUGACGACAGCAUAUCUGAAACAUUCUCACUCAAAACUUAUCGGUAUUUUGGAGGAAAUCCAGGAGACACUGCUUACAUCCACUGCGAUUUCAGAGUUUGCUUGGCAGAUGUAGCCAAUACUGCGUGUGAAUGUCCAGAUAAUCCUGUCACUUGCACAGGUGUUCCAUCCGCUGAUAUUGCACCAGCUCCACCGGCGCGUAGACGUCGUUCAAUCUCUGAUUCGGUGGAUGAAUCACAGCUUUAUCAUGUUGUCCACGGUCCAUUCACCUUUAAACAAGAAGAAAUGAACAAAGAGAAAGGUAAAUGUUAUUCACAGGGCUUUUAGCCAUGAGACAGGAACUUUGUUGGGUGCUUUCCACAUUCUCUGAUAACCAAGACUGGUUUUCCGUGAUAACUGUCCAAGUUAGAAAUAGAGGCCGCACGGGGCAACUUGUAGAACGUGGAAGAUAACUUGAACAUGUCAAAUAUGAUAUCAACGGAACAAUAUGCAAUAUAAUAUACUGUAAUGAAGACUACAGAAAAUAAACAAAGGCUGGAUAAAAAUCUCCAGAAAGUCGGACUAUGAAAAUGUUCCUUUCCAUGUAUUCAGUUUUUCUGCCUUUACUGAUAGACACUGAACGCUUUAACAUUAUAAUCUACUUAUUCCCUCGAUAGUUUAACUCAAUGAUUAACCUGAAAUCUAUUUGCUUUAUUUCAACCCUCGAUAGUUUAACUAUCGUUAACUAUCAUAUUAACUUGAAAUCAAUUGACUUCAUUUCAGUUGCAUCUGAAGACCAAGAGGAGACCAGCCACACUUACCAGAUAGUGGCAAUUGUUGGGGCAGUAUGUGGUGUUGUGGCUGUAUUUUUCAUGUGCGCUACUGUCUACCUUGUCAUCCGCUAUCGCAACAAGCGCUCGCAAAAUCGAGAUCUUCCUGUGGCAAUCUAAACUCCAAGCACAAAUAAGUUGUGUUGUGUAAUUGCGCGGAUGUCAUGUUUUCGUCAAGCAAUAUUCAUUGGAAUGAUGUGAUAUGAAUAGCAACUCGAUAAGGUUCAGUUGUGUUGUGGAUGUUGAUUGACAAAAAAUUUAAUAUAUUUUGAAACGAAUAAAUGGUUAAUCGGUUUUUUCUUCAGAUGGUGAUAGGAAUCAAUAGCAUUUUCAAAGUUAAUGGAACUUUUGUCUUUACUUGUCAAAGAAUGAUUUCAUCAGCUAUAACAGUGAAGUCAUUGUACUCCUAUAUUUGCCUGUCACUCUUAUGUGCGCGAUCCAGAUAGACAACCCUUCUUUUUAAUCUCUCAUUGUUUCAACACCUUAUAAACCUACUCACAAGCUUUACAGACAACGUUAAGUCCAUACACAAUUUCAGACGUAGUGAGGAACACGUAUAUGCAGCACAGCAAACGGCAGCGUCGUGAUUAUACUAACCCUUAUAUGAUAUCUAACCUAAUGCCAGUCUUAGUAAGUAUACUCAAGUCGCAUGCGGGCCUAAUUGCUUUCCCAUCCAUUGUUUAGGAGGGAAAUAAUACAACGAAAUGAGACUGACAGGAGCAUGUUGUUAAAUAUUUUUCUUUGUCCUCUCUUAUCGCAGAGAGAACAAAGAAAAAUAUUUAACAGGUACUCGAAAAAUUGAUGAGACUGAUUCUGAGGGAGGAUGGGAAGAUUUGAGGGGGGGAACACACGCUUUUCAGGGACAACAGAAGGGGGAUUAGAAGUCGCCUUAAAGAGUAGAAAGCGGGGACAAUAGGAAUAGGAAUUGGCUGCCAAUGAAUGAGUGAUCAUUAAAAAACUACAGACGUUUAUGAAGGAUAGGGUAAACCCAAACCCCCCCCGUGUCGUAAAAGGAAAGAUAGAGGCCAAUGCAGUGAUUACAUCAAAACACAAAUAAAUCUCCAGCAAACGAAUCGGGAUAUUCUGGAAAUAAACAAAGGUGAUACAGCUCCGACCAGUAAAUCUGAAACAACCAGGCUCACGUUAAAGAUAUUAGUAUAUUAGUGCGUGAAGGAAGGCAUUGCGUCCGUACGCUGCUAGCGCGAUAGAGUUUCCUGCAAUGAUGGGAAAAGCUAAGGCUAAGAAAACACCAGCAAAACAUAAGAUGGUGAGUGCGAUGAACCAGGAACUUCGGAAGUCGUAUUCAUCACCUCACUCCUUUAUUUAGCAAAGAAGUUUGAAGGCUCCACCUUAAGUUUGGAGAAGUUUACACCGAAAAAAAUCAUUUCUUCCUGAUCAACGUCUCAGAGAACAACGCUUUCCUGUGAUAGACUAAUUAUCUUUCAAAUUUUAUUCAAAUUAAUCACUUAAUUUUCGCAUUUUGUUCUUAUUCUAUUGCAACAGUAGUUCGGCAGGAAAUAACUACUCUUAGUCGGUCAUCAGACUCCGGAGAGGUAACAACACUGUUAAAGUAAGGACGUUUUCACAAGUUCUGUCAUGAUUUUCAUUGCCUUUUCUCUUUUAUUUUCAAAGGAAAUAACCAAUUAUCGCGUCUUGUUAAUUCACAGUUUCUGUUACUAAGUUUGUUUAUUCGUUAGAGGAGGAAACUUUUGGUAAGUUUGAAAGCAUGUGUUUGAAUUUUCCUCCUUGUCUUUUGGGAUAAAAGUAGAGUAGAGAAAUGUUUUCCAGAAAAAUGCAGAGCUUUCCAGCUAAACGAUGAAGUCGUAGUAUUAAGGAAAGAAAUUGUGUCAAUGUCAACGCAAUAAUUUUUUGUCUUAGUGGAAGGUGUCAGUUAAUCCGGAUUGUGACCUAAGAAGUUUGAAUUCCUAGCAAAAAGAUUCCUACUCCGUCACGCUUAUAGGAAUAUCAAAUUGUUCCUUUCCUUGAAAACUCGUUAAUUAAACGGAACGCGCAAAAGAAAAAUGUUUUUGAAGCUUUUUCGGCUUUGAAAUAGUUGUUUGAACGGAGAGCAUCCAUACAAUCCAUGGCGAAUUAAUGCACAAGACGCAUUCGAAUACAGGUAUACCAAUACAGUACACAAACUAAGCUACUUUCUCCACCUCAGCUCAAAGUGGACUUGUUUUGCUGUUAUUUUAAUCAAUCUCGUUUUGCAGAAUUUUUUCAGAAAACAUUUUUUACAUAUAGUUUUUUUCACCUGUUCGUGCUUUUUGGCUUGUGUUUUAUUGACUUUUAUUCAAUACUAUUGUUAAUAAGCUGUCAAAAUAAUACUCAAGCAAAGGUAUAUUGAAUAGAAAAAAAUGUUUCAAACUAUCAUCGGCUAAAUUUUACUGUUGGGUUCAGCGCUCAAGUUAUUUGUGCGACAUACAUAUCAUACAAACAAUACAGCAGUUCACGAAGUCACAAAAGAAAAGUAUCACCUCGAAAAUUAAAGAGGGAGUCGUUGAUUUUUUCCAUCUUUCCAUUGAAAAUUUAGUUUUAUGCUCACUUUUUUUUUUGAGUGUUAAAAUAUCAUCAUGAAAUUAUUUCAAUUGGCUUUGUUGCUGACGUCGUUCCUCACCUUCUACUUCGUCGUCUCAAUUUUUUUUUUCGUUGAUGUCUCUGUUUUGUUGUUGACGUGUUUCUUCUUUAUUGCUUUUAUUUUCGUAGUUCUUCCUCUUGUUUUUCUUAUUCGUCUCCAUGAUCAUCUUUUCUGCCACCGCAAUGAAUCGUUUUCUACUUGAUCGUGAUUCAAAAAAUUUUUUUCUUCAAUUUUUUCAAUUUUUCUUUCUUUACCGUUUCACUAGAAUCUAAUACUCAACAUGAAGAGGGACAUUCUUUUGGCGACAUUUAUGCUCGUUUUACAUCAAACAAAAGGUAACGCAUUCAGAUCAGAUCGUCUUUAUUAAUCUUGAUUCCAAAAUUAUGAUAACAAUUUUUCUUAUUCCCCGUGGGCUUCAGAAACUGACGAUUAUAUCCCAGCAUUAUGAAUAGCAAUUAUGAAAAAAAAGAAUUUAAAUCUGCGAUUUCCUCGCUGGUUUAAUUUGGAUUCGUUAACAUUUUAUCAUUAUAAAGUGUCUCUUUUCUUACAACUACAACUAAAUGGAAUUGAUUAUUACCCAUCAUAAAUGAAAGAGUUGGAGUUAAGAAUUGUUUUUUUACUCCCACUCAGGCCAGCCGACGGCCUCAGUGACUUGUAAUUCCAAUCACACUGUGGAUAUAUUGAUCUCAAACGUGGAUGAUGCAGGACUUUGGAUCCUACGAGAGUAGACCACAAAGACAAACACUGUAGCGUGUCACGCAGCAAUCAUUGAUGCUGAUGCUGAUACAGUUACCAAUAUUGCCCUACACCUCCCUGACUGCGCUUUCGAGUCAAACCAGAAAGCUGAAGGAAUUCAAUACAUCCUCAAAAUCAGCGCUGAAAAGACUACUGGUGAUUCAGAUACAGAUCAGUUGCGCGCUUACGACCACCUGCAUUACGUCACGUGUAACUAAGACAAUACAGGAAGAGCUUCGGGGAGUUUUGUGCCGAUCAAGAACCAAGCGGCUAGCGACACAGGUACGUAGCUCUGGUUAAGAUAACAGCAUGUAUAAUUUACAUAAGUAAUCUUAGUUUGAAUUCCUGCAAAGUGGAGAUUCCUGGAGAGCGUCUAUCAAACCUUUGCCACCGAAUAUACUGGUCAGCUUUCCUUCAGUGGCUGAUGGAAAAAAGAGAAACAGAUAAUCUCGUUAUCAAGAUAUGGUAGAUUUGAUUUUACUUUGACAUAAAAAAAAAAAAAAUUUGGGAAUAAACAUUUUUAAGAGCCUGGCAUGAUUUUGAAAGACAUCCAUGUGUACAAAAUGCAUUCGUAUUUCGUUUUGUGAUAAAGAAAGUUUUACUUUUCAUCCUUAACGCUACGGGACUAUUAGAGCAUGCUGGCCCAAAAAGAAUUGUUAUGAUGAACUAACUUGAAACAAUUUAAAUUAAAAAAAAAAUUUUUGUCCUGUCCUCGUAUCAGUAAGCUGUAACUGCUAUUGUUCGGGGCGUAGACGUCGUUCAAUCUCUGAUUUGAUGGAUGAGUCACAGCUUUAUCAUGUUGUUCACGGUCCAUUCACCUUUAAGCAAGAAGAACUGAACAAAGAUGAAGGUAAAUGAUCAGUUACAGGGCUUUUAGCCAUGGGACAGGAAUUAUGUUAGGUGCUCUCCACAUUCUCUGAUAACCAAGACUGGUUUUCCAUGAUAACUGCCCAAGUUAGAAAUAGAGGCCGCACGGUGCAACUUGUAGAGCCUGCAAGAUAACUUGAACAUUUCGGAUACGAUACAAACGGAAAAAAUGUAUUAUAGCUUAAUGAUGACUAUAGAAAAUUAACAAAGGCUGGAUAAGAACCUCCAGAAAGUCUAUGGAAAUGUUCCUUUUCAUAAAUUUUCAGUUUUUCUGCCUUUAUUGGUAGACCCUGAACGCUUCAGCAUUAUAAUCCACUUACGCCCUCGAUAGUUUAACUCAAUGAUUAAUCUAAAAUCUAUUUGCUUCUAUUUCAGUUGCAUCUGAAGACCAAAAGGAGACCAGCCAGUUUUUCCAGACAGUAACAAAUGUUGGGGCAGUAUGUGGUGUUGUGGCUGUAGCUGUCAUCUGCGCUACUGUCUACCUUGUCAUUUGUUAUCGCCACAAGCGCUCGCAAAGUGUAGAUCUCCAAUAUCCAUUUGAAAGAUGUGACAUAUGAAACAACUCGAUAAGGUUCAGUGAGUUGUGGAUGUUGAUGAAGACAUAAAUUUUUUUUUCAAACGAAUGAAUGAUUAAUCGGCUUUUUUCUUCAGAUGAUGGUGGGAAUCAAUAGAAUUUUCAAGGUUAAUCGAAUUUUUGUCAAGGUUGAUUCCAUAAGCUAUAAUAGUGAAGUCGUUGUACUCCUAUAUUUGCCUGUCACUCUUAUGUGCGCGAUUCAAAUUAACGGCCCUUCGUUUUAAUCUCUCAUUGUUUCAACACCUUGUACACAAGCCUUCUAGACAACGUCAAGUUCACACAAAAUUUCAAACGUAGUGGGGAACACGAAUUUUCAAUUUUAAUGCGUAGGACAAAGUUUACUCUCUAUUUGCAGUACAACAACGGCAGCGUCGUGAUUAAACUAACAUUUACCAAAAUCCUCCCCCCCUUUCCCCCUAUCCGACCCCCCUUCCAUGGGGCUAAAUGAUGACCAAUCCUUACCAUCGAGAGUGGUAGUGUAUCCGAGCGCAAAAUUCAGAGGUCUUUGUCUCGAUUCCAAGUGAAGUUAGAAGUUCGGGUUUUUUCUCUGACCCACGCUCGUGAAAACAAAUGACGUACAAACAAGAUCUGAAGUUAAAAUUCUUCUUGCCAAAGGGAGUUACGGGGGUCCAUCCUUUGUCCUCCGCCCUAAAUACAUAGAAUAAACAACCAAAAUAAAUAGCUAAGAUGUUACGGAUAAAAAGAUAUCUAGAUCUCAGCUUAAUUAACUAACAGACAGAGUGCUUGAUUACACCUGAAUCUACGGUCAUAUUGACAUAGUUGUCCUGAGAGAUCCUUUCAUAUCGUGACACAGAUAUCUUUGAAUUGUCCACGUUUUUCAAAGGGUCACCAGAAGUGCAUUUGAUAACUGACUCAUCGCGUGAGUAAAUGAUGUGCAUAGCCUCGUACUUGUCUUCGUGAAGACAUAGCUGCUACUUAGUAGUUCACUCCAGAUGUUUGGCGAGGUCAUUUUAAAGAAGCAGAUGAUCUAUAAGAGGGUAGCGAAGAGGGGGGGUCAGGGGGAUUGUGGUGUGUAGCGAAGUGAUUGGGGGGGGGGUGGCUGAUCCCGUUUCACUUACAAAUCUCAGAAAAAUUAACGCUUUACUCAUAUAAAAGGGAAAACUUCAAAUCUCUCUUCUUAUGCACAAGGAUUUCCUAGAAAGUUUGAGGUUUUCAUGAGCUAAAACAGAAAAAAAUCAGUGGGUCACGUUUAUUUUAGGAGACAAAUCAUGCCUCACGCUGGUUCUCAAAUUCAAGAAUCACGCUGGCUUUCUGAAAAGUUCAUGCGUCACAUAUCAGUCAGUUUUCGCCUUAAUCACGUAUCACCUUAAAUCCUUUAUCGCCCACGCUAUAAUAGAGCACCGCACAAUGAGUCUAAUUAACGUUUCAGUUGUGCUCUUAAGUUUCAAUAGUCCCAUUCUUACUGACAUUCAUUCCAACUUUUGUUUUUUGUUUAUUGCAACAAUAGUUCGGGAAGAAAGAACUGCUUUCAGUUGGCCAUCAGACUCCGGAGAGGUAACAACACUGUUAAAGCAAAAAGUUUUCAUAAGUUCUGUCUAUGAUUUUCAUUGCCUUUUCUCUUUUUUUUUCAAAGGAAAUAGCUAACCAUCGCGUCUUGUUAAUUUACUGUUGCUGUCAAAGAGUUUGUUUAUUCGAUAGAGGAAGAAACUUUUGGUAAGUUUGAAAGCAUGUGUUUGAAUUUUUCUCGUCAUCUUUUGGGAUAAGGGUAAAAUAGAAAUGCUUUCCACAAAAAUGCAGGGCUCUCGAACUUAACGAUGGAGUCGUUGUAUUAAGUGAAGAAAUUGUGUCAGUGUCAGCGUAAUAAUAUUUUUGUCUUAGUCAGUGGAGAGUGUCAGUUAAUCCGGAUUGUAACCCAAGAAGUUAGAGUUCCUAGCAAAGAAUAUCAAAUUAUUCCUCUCCCUGACAAUCGUAAAUGGGCUUUGAUAUAGUUCUUUGACCAGAGGCAUCCAUAUAAACCAUGGCUAAUUUUUGCGCAAAACGCAUUUGAAUAUAUGUGUACCAAUAAGAAAAAGGUACACAAACUAAGCUACUGUCAACACCGUCCUCAGCUCAAAGUGAACUUGUUUUACUGUUACUUUGAUCAAACUCGUUUUGCAGAAUUUUUUCAGCGAACAUUUUUUCGUUUAGUAUUUUUUUCACCUUUUCGUGCUUUUUGCCUUAUGUGCUCGUAUUUUAUUGACUUUUAUUCAAUACUAUUGUUAAUAACCUCCGCCUGUCACUUUCAACGCUUCAAGGAGGGCCUAGACUUCAACUUACGAUCUGAGAAAAAAUAAUGCAGCUUCUCUAUCAUCUACAAGCUGUAAAAACAAUACUCAAGAAAAGGUAUAUUAAAUCGAAGAAAUGUUUCGUAUCGAAAUUUCACCUUUGGGUUCAGUGCUAAGUAAGUCGUGCGAUCAAAGAAAGUGUUGUUUCGCCUUGAGGCAAUGAUUUCUCAUCGCUAUUUACGGAAUUUUUAGAACAAAACAAAGAAAUAAUAGGGCAGUUCACGAAGUCACGAAAAAAAAAUUCUGUAUUUUCACUUUUAUCAGAGCCGGACACAACCACUAUAACAGAUUUAGUUGAGAAUGGUGAAUUGAUCUGAAAUGAACUUCAGCUAGCAAGCCACUCAUUGAAUUCAAUCACGUUUAAACCUGAAUGUUUCUGUCCAAUUCUUCAGGCCGCAGCUAAGCUCGUAAAGCAGGUUUUUUGAUUUCUCAGUUGCCUUUUUUAAUCAUGUCUUGCUGACUUAUCGAGAAACAUUUUGUCGCUUAAUUCUUUGCAUUUCACCUGUUCGGGCUGAAAACUGUUUUUUCGGUCCCUAGCAAUACCACUGUCAAUAUUCUGCCUUCUACGCUUAGUUGAAGAUUCAAACGGAAAUAACUUCCUGCGGCUUUCAUUUGCACCUUUAACAUAUUCAAGCCAAAAAUCAUUGUAUUAUUCAACGAAAAGGGCACCUCAAAGGGAUAAAGCACCAAGUUUUAAACCAGCUGAAUUUUACUGUAAAGGUAAGAGCCUAUUGUAUUCUUGGGACUUGCAUACAAGAGAAUUCAUGGCUUUUGCCUGUGGCAAAGUGUUAUUUUUAUGCCGCUUCAAACAAACAAACAACAAAACAGUUCUAGAAGUCACGAAGUGACAUCUAAGAGAAUUCAUGACCUCUCCCUGUGGCAAAGUGUUAUUUGUACGCCGCUAGAAACAAACAAACAAACAACAAAACAGUUCUAGAAGUCACGAAGUGACAUCUAAGAGAAUUCAUGACCUUUCCUUGUGGCAAAGUGUUAUUUGUACGCCGCUAGAAACAAACAAACAACAAAACAGUUCUAGAAGUCACGAAGUGACAUCUAAGAGAAUUCAUGACCUUUCCCUGUGGCAAAGUGUUAUUUGUACGCCGCUUGAAACAAACAAACAACAAAACAGUUCUAGAAGUCACGACGUGACCUUGGCAGUUUAGUUCUCGUCAAAUGAUCAUAUAUAAAGCUAUUGUGAAAUAGUUUCAUUCUUAACAUAGUUGUAGAUCAUUAUAAAUGAAUUGUUUUAUUAUUUUGAAAACGGAAAUCGUCCGCAUAAGAAAUGUAUGUUAUUCGCCAGCCGGGAGGUCCGUAUUGAGAAAAACUGUGCCUGAGGUCUUUAGGUACUCAAGACAGAGGGCACACCUUAUCCUUUUUCAAUAGAUUGUUUUCUAUUUGCUCGUGAUUUUCAACAACUUUUUACAAUUCUUUCAUCUAUAUAUUUGUUGCCACAGAUCCACGAGAACCUAAUCAUCGAUAUGAAGAGGGCAAUUCUUUUGGCGACAUUUAUGCUUGUUUUACAUCAAACAAAAGGUAACGCAUUCCUCUCGUCUUUAUUCAUCUUGAUUCAAAAAUUAUUAUAACCAUUUACUAUUCCUCGUGGGCUAUAUGAAUUGACGAUUAUAUCUAAGCAUUACGAAAACCAAUUAUGAAAUAAAAGAGUUUAAAUCUGCGAUUUCCUCGCCGGUUUAAUUUGGAUUCCUUAACAUUUUAUUAUUAUAAAGCGUCUCUUUUCUCACAACUACAACUAAAUGGAAUGCAUUAUUACCCAUCAUAAAUGAAAAAAUUGGAGUUAAAAAUUGUUUUUCAAUCCCUGUCAGGUCAGACGUCAGCCUCAGUGACUUGUAACUCCGAUCACACUGUGAGUAUAGUGAUCUCAAACGUGGAUGAUAUAGAAUUUUGGGACCCGCCAGAGUGGAGAACAUCGACAAACACUGCAGCGUGUCAACCAACAUUUGAUGAUGGUGCUGAAACAGUUACCUAUGAAGCUCUAUACCUCCCUGACUGUGCUUACGAGUCAAACCAGAAAGCUGAAGGAAUUCAAUACAUCCUCAAAAUUAGCGCUGAAAAGACUGCAGGUGAUCCAGUUACAAAGCAGUUGCGCACUUAUGACCACCUGUACUACGUCACGUGUAACUACGAUAACGCAGGCAGAGCUUCGGCGAGUUUUGUGCCGAUCAAGAACCGAGCGGAUAACGACACAGGUAUGCAGCUCUGGUUAAGACAACAGCUUGUAUAA